AUGUCCACUCCAAUCAGGAUCGCCGCGUGUCACGUCUCGCCUGUCUUCCUCUCUGCGCGGCGAACAACCGACAAGGCCAUCUCUUUAAUCCAGCAAGCCGCCAAGAACAAUGCCAACCUGGUGGUAUUUCCCGAAACCUAUAUCCCAGCAUUUCCAAUAUGGUCCGCCUUACGGCCGCCGACGGAGAACCAUGACCUCUUCAAGCGGAUGGCUCUUGAGUCGGUCUAUGCCGAUGGUGAUGAAGUCGGAGCUAUCCGUUCGACAGCCAAGAAGCUGAACGUCAUGGUCAGCAUCGGGAUUUCGGAGAAAGUUCACACGAGCAGUGCGACCCUUUACAAUUCCAACGUCAUUAUUGGCAGCGACGGAGAGAUUCUCGUCCAUCAUCGGAAGCUGAUGCCGACCUUCUUCGAGAAGCUGACCUGGUCACCUGGAGAUGGCUACGGGCUGCGAGUUGCGGAGACGCGUUUCGGCAAGAUUGGAAACCUGAUUUGUGGCGAGAAUACAAACCCGCUUGCUAGGUACGCGCUCAUGGCACAGGGAGAGCAGAUUCAUCUCUCGACUUGGCCGGCAAUUUGGCCCACAAGAAUCCCCCAGCCAAAAGCUCAGCAGCCCGAGGGCGGGUCGAGCGUGGCUAAUGGUGCGAACUACGACAACGUUGCCGCGAACAGGACGCGUGCGGCGGCGCAUUGCUUUGAGGCGAAGUGCUUCGGAGUCCUUUGUUCGGGAUUCCUUAGCCAAGAUGCCAUCGAAGCAGUGUCAUCAGGUGCCAGUCAAUCCGAUGUCGUCACCCAAGCGCUGGAAAACUCGCAGCGCGGUGCGACCAUGUUCUUGGACCCUGCCGGGUCAUUAUUGCAAGGGUUCACGAUUGACGCAGACACUCAGGAGCAAAAGCACGAAGACUUUCUGCAAACGGCGGAAGGGAUCUUGUACGCGGACAUGAAUGUAGAAGAUUGUAUUGAGGGAAAGCAGUAUCAUGAUGUCGUUGGCGGGUAUCAGCGCUUAGACGUCUUUGAUCUGAAAGUCGACCGCAGACGUCGAGGGCCUGCAACCUUUACUGGUGACAUUUUGGAUGCCAAGACAGAAGAACUAAGUCCAUCAGAGAACUAG